GAAGUGGUGAGGCUGACGAGCUGACAACUGUUCUCAGAAGAGACCAUUUUGUAUUAGAGGAAGCAGCAGCUCUCUGGGGUGUCCUAACAAGGUCGUUUUUAAUUAAACAGGACUCAAACAGGAGCUGCGUAUUAGGGAAGGGAUACUGGACAUGCUGGAGGUGCUCAUGCAGAGGGAAUGUAUGGCUGGUUCAUCCACAGCACUGCUAUGAACGUUCUGUAACUGCCUAGAGGAGAAGACUUACCAUGGAUUUGCGAAACAUUCCCUACCGUUCAGACGUGGUUACGUGGAACCCAGAUGACUUAGCAGAGUAUUUUAGGACGUUAAAGUAUAAGGACUGUGAAAAAGUCGUGAGAAAGCACAGCAUAAAUGGACAAAGGUUUUUGAACAUGUCUGAAAAUGAUAUUCAGAAAUUUCCCAAACUCAGAGUGCCAAUUGUGAGUAAAUUAAGUCAAGAAAUAAACAGAAAUGAAGGGAGGCUCUCAUCUUUCCUUCAAAAAUGGGGCCAAUCACAAAAAUGUCCUGAAAAUACAGGAUUCAAUCAAGAAGAUGGUGGCUGGUCUUCAUUUGAUGAAGAAGAUGAUGAUGACUACGAAAGCCCUGAUGAUGACCAGGAAAAGGAAGAUGAGGCUGACUAUGAAUCACCCACAGAAGAACCUGAGGAAGCAGAACAUGACAGUGAUGGCUAUGAGCCACCUCCAUCCAGUAAUGAUGAAGCACACCACAAUGUCAUAUUUCCUGCCAAGUCCCUGGCAAACAACACAGAUUAUAUAGACAGACCUCCAUCAACCAGAUCACCACACCAGCCUCCAGUGCCACCCCAGCGACCUGGUCCAUCCCCAGUACCACCCUCAUUUGGGGGAAGAGGUGCUUCUCUGCCAGCUUUUCCUCCUGCACCAGGCAACAGUGACUUGAGUAGAGACAGAAAUAUCAAGCCUUUGAAACCCGCAGCUCCUUCCAUAGACAGAAGCACAAAACCCCCUCUGGAUCGCCUUGCUCCCCCAUUCGAAAGAGAAAGCCUGGGAUCAGGGCGGAAGCCAACCUUCCCUGAAAAGCCUCUGACUUCGCAGCUAAGAUCCCUGGGGGAACAACUAGCAAUGAUGCCAAAACCUCCUGUCCCACCCAGUGACAGAUAUGAAAGAGGCAAUCCGUCUCAACUAAGGAAGCAAACCCCUGUAAAGCAGGGUUGGCCACCACACAAAAAAAAUGAAGAGGAAGAAGAGACCGCGCUCCCCAGACCGGUGCCACAUCUGUCUCUGCCCCCCUACAGCUCCAACACAUUCCCAUCCAAAUCUGUCAAGCCUCCACCUAAGCCAGGAUCCAACAGUAUGCCUGGUGCAGAAAGUGCUAGAAACCUGUCUUCAAGUGGCUCACUCCCACCACGCUUACAUCUAGGCAACAGCAGAUCCCCUUCGAGAGGUGCAGCUGAUGCCAGACCUCCUUUGCCAGUUCCUAGCAGACAGACCAUUCACCAAACAAACAUGGAGGAAGAUGAGGACUCGCUCAAUGCUGAGUGGUACGUUGCUUAUGUUAGCCGGCCAGAAGCAGAAGCAGCUCUUCGAAAAAUAAACAAGGAUGGAACUUUCUUGGUAAGAGACAGCUCAAGAAAAACUGUAACUCAUCCAUAUGUACUGAUGGUGUUAUACAGAGAUAAAGUAUACAACAUCCAGAUUCGUUACCAGGAGGAAAAUCAAAAAUAUUUGUUAGGAACCGGCUUAAAAGGAAAAGAGGAUUUUUCUUCUGUAGCAGAUAUCAUUGAUUACUUCCAAAGAACACCUCUUCUUCUGAUUGAUGGAAAAGACAGAGGUUCCAGAAACCAGUGCAUGUUAAAAUAUGCUGCAGGACAUAUUUAAACGAGACCUCAAUGAAGACCACAUGUAGUAUUGAAGCCUACUAAAGUUUGUAAACUUCAGGAUAUUUCCUUUUUCAGCAAACUAAAAUAAUGAAGUAAUUAAAAAUCCUUUUAAUUUUAAGGAAAAAUGACAAUGUUAUUUUUAAAUUAUGUCUGAAAUGCAGUACUCUCUAAAUCUGAUUAUCCUAUAAUGUGUUUAUUACUGUCCACUAAUCAUACAGGACAUGAGAAUUUUUUAUCUUCCAACAUAUCAGUAUCUUCCUGAAAUGAUUUCCUGACCAAAUGAGAGGAGCCAGAAAUAAAUAUCAAUGCAAGUCUGUGCUUUCAAAUGAGAAAGAAAAAACAAUCAGUAAGCUGUUUUUCAGAUCAGAACUGCAGCAGCAAUUAUAUUUCAAGUGAUACAGAAUAGCCCAAAUCCUUGUCAAUGUUGAGGAGUAGAAAAAGACAAUAAAAGCCAUUUUUUUCCCACAAUACACUUGCCAAUGAAAAGACCCAGACUCCAGCCUGGGCCCUAAAGACACCCAGGUUUCAAUAACAACACUGGAUAUGCAGCUGCCUGUCAAGAUCUGUGUUUGUGUUAUUCGGUCUAUAGAAAAAUAAAACACCUACAGAUAUCAUGUUCUCUCUGCCAUACCACUGACGAGUCUCUGAUGGCGAGUCUUAGCCCAGAAAUGGGAAUGAUGUGACUCCUAGGAUCCUCUUGGCUCGCUCAUUUUCUCCCUUAACACAGACUUCUCACCAGCUGUGCCUUUCUGACUCUAAAUUAAGCAACUACUUUAUUUUAUAGGAGACACAUCAACAAGAUUAUCGUCAUGUGCUUCUUAAUUGGCAGAACACACCCAAAUCUCCUAGAAAGCAGCCAGACACCAUCAGGUUAAACUUAGCUCCUCUUAUACAACUGCUUUCUGGUUUUAACGUAUUUUUUUCAAGAAAAACACAAUAACGUUCUCAGUUGUAAAUUCUAAGUUGCAGCUGAGGACUACUGCAGCAUACUGUAUCAAGAGUUCUUCCCUCUCCUUUGUUAAGUGGGAUUUAUCCAACCCUUUGCCUUGGUUUUCUGAUAACCUUUGUUUUCUGACAAGACCCUGGUUUGAUAAUUAUGUUUGACUUUGUCACACUUCUUCUCCUUUAAAGCCAUUAGUUUGUAUAUCACUUGAAACAUCUGAGCCAAAAUUCAAGGCAGAAAAAUAUCUUCCAUGUAAUCUGCAUAGCUUAUCAGAUGAGAUAAUCAGAUUUCCUGAACAGUUUUACUUUAAAUAUGUUUCAUAAAUGUUAUCUUCAUUUCUAAUAUAUUUAUGUAGGGGCUGGAAUUCAGACUUAGUGGAUUUCAUUUCCGUGCAACUUUGACUCAAAAACAAAAGGUGAAAAAUAAAAUUUUAAAAGCUUUUCAGCUGACAAAA